UGUGUAAAGAUGGCGACCGAGAGUAAGGAACUGGGACCGCGAGAAACUGAAGCUCACGAAUAUAUGGAAAAACAUCGAAUAUUAGAACUUUUCAAUAAUCUGACUACACAACUUAUAUAUAACCGACCAGAUGAUCCAAAGAAGUUUACGAUUGAGGUCUUGGAGAGACUGAUGAAUGCCCGAACUGCUCACCGCGAAUAUCCAUGUGUUUUUGACGACUCCAAUAUCACCUCUCUGUUUGGUAUGCUUGACCCUACGCAAACGGGCUAUGUGUCCUACCAACAAUAUGCAGAAGCUAUGACCACACUGGGUGUUAAAAACUAUGAUGAGGAGCCCGAUGGCAAAGACAUUGACAGGAUUCAGUAUGAUGUAUUUAUGGCAGAGGCAAGGAAAGGACUUAUCCAGGCCUCAGCAACAUUUGCGGUACCGAGCCAGUAACAAGUGUUUUUGUGCCACUGACACAUCACCCAUUGUACAUAAUUGUAUAUUGUAUUAAAAAUUUGGUAGUCCUAUUUAUUCUGUUAUUAAAAAGACUGGAGAUAGAA